AUGAUCAGGUGUGUAACCGAUGAAGCUGUAGAGUCAGCACCAACCUUCGUGGGCCUCCAAGUGACUCCAGGUGGGCAGCACAGGGGCGGCAACUUUAAGCCCAGCCAGAAGGGCUUCGUCGGCGGGACCAAGUCCUUCACGGAUUUCGGCAGCUGGGAGAGGCACACCAAGGGCAUCGGGCAGAAGCUUCUUCAGAAAAUGGGCUACGUGCCCGGCAGAGGCCUGGGGAAGAACGCCCAAGGUAUCAUCAACCCCAUUGAGGCCAAGCAGAGAAAAGGCAAGGCGGCUAUUGGGGCAUAUGGCUCGGAGCGAACCACGCAGUCCCUGCAAGACUUCCCCAUUGUUGACUCUGAUGAAGAAGAAGAGGAGGAAUUUCAAAAGGAACUUAGCCAGUGGCGGAAAGACCCCAGCGGGGGCAAGAAAAAACCAAAGUAUACAUACAAGACAGUGGAGGAGCUGAAGGCCAAGGGCAGGGCGGGCAAGCAAUUGUCUGCCCCACAGAAGGAGCUGGCGCAGGUCAAGGUGAUUGACAUGACAGGCCGGGAGCAGAAGGUUUACUACAGCUACAGCCAGAUCAGCCAGAAGCACAACGUCCCGGAGGACGGUCCCCAGCAGCAGCUGCCUCCGUCGGGCAAGGAUGCCAGGAUGCAGACGUUCUCCCUGCCAGAGCUGGAGCACAAUCUGCAGCUGCUCAUUGACCUGACGGAGCAGGAGAUCAUCCAGAACGACCGGCAGCUGCAGUACGAGCGGGAUAUGGUGGUCAACCUGACCCACGAGAUUGAGAAGACGGCCAAGGUCCUCUCGCGGGAGGAAGCAGACAUCCGCAACCUCAGCGAGGUGCUAGAGCUCGUGGAGGAGUGUGAGAGGCGGAUGCAGCCCAACUGCGAAGACCCCCUGACUCUGCCUGAGUGCGUCAAGAUAUUUGAGACCCUCCAGGAUAAGUACUAUGAAGAAUACCAGAUGUCAGACCGCGUGGACCUGGCUGUGGCCAUCGUCUUCCCUCUGGUCAAGGACUACUUCAAGAACUGGGAUCCUCUCAAGGACUGCACAUCCGGCACAGAGAUCCUGGCUAAAUGGAAAACCUUGCUGGAGAAUGAUCAGCUGCUGUCCCACAGUGCACAGGACCUCAGCUCAGAUGCUUUUCACAGAUUGAUGUGGGAAACUUGGAUGCCGUAUGUGCGAAACAUCGUGGCACAGUGGCAGCCCCGGAACUGCAUCCCGAUCGUGGACUUCCUUGACAGCUGGAGGCACAUCAUUCCUGUGUGGAUCCUGGAUAACAUUCUGGACCAGCUGAUCUUCCCCAAGCUGCAGAAGGAGGUGGAGAACUGGAACCCCCUAACCGACACCGUCCCCAUCCACUCGUGGAUACACCCCUGGCUUCCCCUGAUGCGGGCCCGGCUCGAGCCCCUCUACUCUCCCAUUCGCAACAAGCUGUCCAACGCCCUCCAAAAAUGGCACCCCAGCGACUCCUCAGCCAAGUUGAUUCUGCAGCCCUGGAAGGAGGUUUUCACCCCGGGCUCCUGGGAGGCCUUCAUGGUCAAGAACAUUGUGCCCAAACUGGGUCUGUGUCUCAACGAGCUGAUCAUCAACCCCCACCAGCAGCACAUGGAUGCCUUUUUCUGGGUGAUGGACUGGGAAGGGGUGGUCUCUGUCUCCAGCUUGGUGGGGCUCCUGGAGAAGCACUUCUUCCCCAAGUGGCUGCAGGUGCUGUGCUCUUGGCUCAGCAACAACCCCAACUAUGAAGAGAUCACCAAGUGGUACCUGGGCUGGAAGUCUAUGUUUUCUGACCAGGUGCUGGCCCACCCCUCCAUCAAGGAGAAGUUCAAUGAAGCCCUGGACAUCAUGAACAGAGCAGUCUCCUCCAGUGUCGGGGGCUACAUGCAGCCCGGUGCACGGGAGAACAUUGCCUACCUCACGCACACGGAACGCCGGAAGGACUUCCAGUAUGAAGCCAUGCAGGAGCGCCGAGAAGCUGAGAAUAUGGCGCAGCGUGGGAUCGGCAUGGCUGCCAGUUCUGUGCCCAUGAACUUUAAGGACCUCAUCCAGACCAAAGCAGAGGAGCACAACAUUGUCUUCAUGCCCGUCAUCGGGAAGCGGCACGAAGGAAAACAGCUGUACACUUUUGGGCGCAUUGUCAUCUAUAUUGACCGGGGGGUAGUCUUUGUGCAGGGCGAGAAGACCUGGGUCCCUACCUCCCUGCAGAGCCUCAUCGACAUGGCCAAGUGAGCACAAGGGGCUGGGCCAGAAAGGCUGCCCCACCUUGCCUCCACCCCACAGAAUGCAUGGACGCGCUCAGGGUUUCCUGGCACCAUCAGCUCCCUUGUGAAAAGGGCUGGAAAAGAUGCAGCCCAGAGAGAGAACUCGACAUGUAAAUAAAGUACAUCUAGCUUAU